ACUUCCUUCGGGAGGUCUCCUCCCGUUCUUCCAGUCGUUGAUGUGUGACUUCCAAAGCCAGUGCCUCCCCAAUGAAACCUACGGCGAGGGCAGUGGCAACGUCAAUAACUUCAGAGAUGCAGGACUUACAAAAAUACUCCAAGAUGUGGAGUUAAUCGUGACAAACAAGACAACUCUGGAAGCGUUGAAGACUUUGCUUAUUGAAGUCGGUGAACUGAACAAACUGCUGCCAUUCCUGAAAGAUAUGGACAAAUUCCCAAAUGCAAAUCCAGGCUCGGAGUCUCUCAAAGAUUAUCUCAAAGACCCCGACAAGGUGAAGAGAUUUCUGACCGAGGACCUCCAGCUUUCACCAGCAGUAGCAGAUGCAAUACUCGAUGCAAAAAUGACUCCAGAACAGAUCCUCUCCCUGAUGAACCCCCAGACGUUCCAGGAUGCAUCCUGUGACAAGGAGCAACUGCAGAAGCUCUUUGGUGUGGACAACCAGACCACACUGGACGCCAUGCAGAGAGAGCUGUGUAACCUGACCGAUGCGGACCUGGCCAGCUUGAGCCAGAUGAUGGCCGAUCAGAUCGACAUGGACAAACUCAUCAAUCUACCAGGCAUUCCUAACAUUCCAGGCAUCGGUGGUUUCCUACGGAUGGGCCUUGGAAUCCAACAGUACAACGGUUUACCAGUGGAUGAUCUGCUGAAAAAUAAGACUGCAUUGAUUGACUACAUGCAAGAGCAGUUGGGGGUGUCAGAGGAGGACGCAGAGCUGGUGGCCGAUUCCAUUGACAAUCCUAAAAUACUGCUACUGAUGCUGGAAGGGCGUAACAUGCGAGACACCGUCUGCAACACCACCCUUCUGGAGGACUACGUCACCACCACAGACCCCGCCCAGAUUGACGAGCUCAGCGAGACACUCUGCAACAUGUCCGACACUGAAUUGGAUCAGUUUUCCCGCGAGGUCCAAGCCGUUAUCAAUUAUCCUGCUCUCUGGAAUGCGCUAAAUGGAACAGAUGUGGAUGAAUGGUACAGGAACUCCCUGACAUUAAUGCUGUCCCUUGCACAUCAGAUUUCAGAACUGGACAGCUUCAACGACCUGAUGAAUGACAUCAAUCAGAUCGCUGUCAAGAACGACUCCAACGACCUCAUCUGUGGCAGCGUGGGGGAACUGAUCGAUCCCAGCCUCAUCAACAUGGAUUCUACAGCCAACUCAGGCUUCGGACAGUUCGGGGACUUGAAAAAGUCCGGAGUUCAGAAACCAAUGGCUAGGACUGCCUGGAGGAGCAAAAAUGAUUCCACGGACGAUUUGCAGGGGCCUCCAGAGGACUGUGAAUGGGUGCAACAGAUUACAUCUACAGAAGUUGGGGGCAUCCUCUGGGACAGGCUGAAGCCGAUGGUACAAGGGUACAUCUUGUACACCCCAGACACCCAGGCAACCAAACGGAUCAUGAAGGAGGCCGAACAACCGUUUGCCUCGUUGCGAAUGUUCAGGGACCUUUGCAUGAAAUGGCAACAGUACUCGCCGCUGCUCCGAAACUUCAUUGAAACAAAUCCAGCUCUAGACAUAGUAAACGAGUUUCAGGAAAACCCAGAGUUGAUCCCGGAGUUAGAGAAACUGCUGCAAACCAACUCGACUCCCGACUACCUCUGGCUGAAGGAAAUCCUCCUCAACGCGGAGGACAACAAGAGGGAAAACAACGUCACUGACUCUUGGCUAGCUGCCAUUGAUGCCAUCGAUGAAUUCACCAACACAACCCUAGAAAUUUUCAGAUGUGUGAAUCUUGAUAAGGUUCGUGGAUUCGACACCCAAGAAGAAUUCCAAGAAGCUGCUAGCAAAUUACAAGGAAACCGUACAUUCUGGGGAGGUGCUGUGUUUGAAGGCUUUAACAAGUCCACUUACAAUGACACAAUUCCACCCCAUGUGAUUUAUCAACUGCGCAUGGACAGCAGUAUGGUACGAAGCACAGAAAAAGACAAACAGAGCUUUUGGUACCCGACACCCAUGAGUAAUGUCUUCCAGUAUGGACAGUACAUCAUGGGCGGCUUUGUGUUUCUUCAAGACAUGCUUGAGCAAGGUAUCAUCAAGGCGUCCCUCGGCAAGAAAGAUUCCGGCGCUGGCGUGUACAUCCAAGAGUUCCCGUACCCGUGCUACUCAAAUGACUUCUUCAUCAAUACCCUGGGGGUCGCGCUGCCGCUCUUCAUGGUCUUGGCCUGGGUCUUCUCGGUAGCCAUGACCAUCAAAGGCGUCGUCCUAGAGAAGGAGUUACGUCUCAAGGAGAUGAUGAAGGUCAUGGGUAUGGGCAACGGGGUGCACUGGGUGGCCUGGUUCAUCAACAGCUUCGUGGUCAUGUUCGUCAGUAGCUGCUUGCUGGUCCUGGUUCUGAAGGUCGGCAAUAUCACGAUAAACACUGACACCUCCAUCCUUCUCUUGAUGAUGGUAUCAUUCAGUGUCUCCACUGUCACCCUGUGCUUCCUGAUCAGUACCUUCUUCUCCAAAGCCAACCUGUCGGCGGCGUGCGGCGCCGUGAUAUUCUUCCUGACGUACGUCCCUUACAGCAUGGCCUACGCCUGGGAUUCCCAAUUACCUCUUGUGGCAAAGUUCUUCCUGUGCCUGUCGAACACCAUGGCAUUCGGCUACAGCUCCCAGUUCUUGAGCCUCUUUGAGACCCAAUCAACCGGCAUACAGUGGUGGAAUAUUAACGAGAUGCCUAAGUCCUCCAGUGAAUCCAUGACCUUCCUGCAAGUCUUGGCCAUGAUGUGGGUCGAUUCCUUCAUCUAUAUGCUGCUGACAUGGUACAUUGAGGGGGUCUUCCCAGGUGCCUAUGGCAUGCCCCGCCCCUUUUAUUUCCCAUUCCAACGAUCCUACUGGUGUGGUUCCCAUGCUACCGAUGCCCUGGAUGAGGACAUACUGGCAUCUGGUAAAGAUCUGCCAACAGACAACUCUGACUUUGAGCCAGAACCCACCCACCUGAAGCUUGGCGCUUCCAUCAACAAAUUGUACAAGAUCUACAAGACCGGCAAGAAACUGGCCGUCAACAACCUGAGCGUCAACUUCUACGAGGGCCAAAUCACCUCCUUCUUGGGGCACAAUGGCGCUGGCAAGACCACCACAAUGUCCAUAUUGACGGGGCUGUUUCCACCCACGGCCGGUACAGCUUACAUCUAUGGCAAGGACAUCUUGAAGGACAUCAGUAGAAUCCGCAAGAGCCUUGGCAUGUGCCCACAACACAAUGUGCUCUUUGACUAUAUGACUGUGGCUGAGCAUCUGUGGUUUUUCGCUCGGGUGAAGGGUGCAGCCGAUCAUGAAAUCAAGUCAGAGAUGACGCUAAUGCUGAAACACCUACGUCUGGUGAACAAGAAAGAUGAACUGGUGAACGACUUAUCAGGUGGCAUGAAGCGUAAGCUGUCCAUUGCAAUGGCCUUUGUAGCCGGAUCCAAGAUGGUCAUUUUGGACGAGCCCACGGCCGGCGUUGACCCCUAUGCUAGGAGAGAGAUCUGGGAACUACUUGGCCAGUACAAGGAAGGCCGCACAAUCAUCAUGUCCACCCAUCACAUGGAUGAGGCAGAUGUCCUUGGCGAUCGUAUCGCCAUCAUCUCCGCCGGCCAGCUCAGAUGCUCGGGUUCCUCCCUGUUCCUCAAGAGUCGUUUCGGCAGCGGCUACUACCUUGUCCUCAACAAGCGCAUACCGGGCGAUAACAUCCCAGUCUCCCCACAGCUCACAGACCUGGCCUACCAGACUGAGUUGAGCAACGGUCCGGAUCUUGUCACAGGAGCCAUGAUGAAUCAACACCAGGAUGAGGAGAAACCAAAAAAAGAGAUGGACUUGGAUCUUGUGGAGCCCACUGAGAAUCGCGACUGA